GGCCUGGGAGUGCCCGCUCGGGAAUCUCGGCCGCCGUCUGGGGGCCGCGGCGGCGCGGCGCGCGUGCGCAGUGCGCAGGGGCCGUCGUGGACACCGCUCGGGCAGUCGGCGCCGGUGGGAGCGCGGCCGCGGCGGCGAGGGGCUCCGGGCGGAGGCCGCGGAGAGCUCGGCGUGAGGAGCGCGGCGUGCCGGGCGGCGGCGAGGCGGGGCCCGGGAGCGCCGGCGGAGGGAGCAGGAGGCGGCCGCGGUCCGCCGAGGGGCCGGCGGCGCUGUGUAAUGUUCAAGCCCAGAAAUGCCUUAUGUGGAUCGUCAGAAUCGCAUUUGUGGUUUCCUAGACAUCGAAGAAAAUGAAAACAGUGGUAAAUUUCUUCGAAGGUACUUCAUACUGGACACCAGAGAAGAUAGUUUUGUAUGGUACAUGGAUAACCCACAGAACCUCCCUUCCGGAUCAUCACGGGUUGGAGCCAUUAAACUUACCUACAUUUCAAAGGUGAGCGACGCAACCAAGCUGAGGCCGAAGGCGGAGUUCUGUUUUGUUAUGAACGCAGGGAUGAGGAAAUAUUUCCUACAAGCCAAUGAUCAGCAGGACCUAGUAGAAUGGGUCAAUGUGUUGAACAAAGCUAUAAAAAUUACAGUACCAAAGCAGUCAGACUCACAGCCUCAUUCUGAAAACCCGAGCCGCCCGGGGGACUGUGGGAAGAAGCAGGUGUCCUACAGAACUGACAUUGUGGGCGGGGUGCCCAUCAUCACGCCGACGCAGAAAGAAGAAGCCAACGACUGUGGCGAGAGCACUGACAGAAACCACCUGAAAAGGUCACCCAGCCAUCUCCCCUACUUCCCCCCGAAACCGCCCUCCGACAGCGCCGUCAUCAAAGCCGGGUAUUGUGUCAAACAGGGAGCCGUGAUGAAGAACUGGAAGAGGCGGUAUUUCCAACUGGACGAGAACACGAUCGGCUACUUCAAGUCCGAGCUGGAGAAGGAGCCUCUUCGUGUGAUCCCCCUGAAGGAGGUGCACAGAGUCCAGGAGUGCAAGCAGAGUGACAUAAUGAUGAGGGACAACCUCUUUGAAAUUGUAACGUCAUCUCGGACUUUCUAUGUGCAGGCCGACAGCCCCGAAGAGAUGCACAGCUGGAUCAAAGCCGUGUCCGGGGCCAUCGUGGCGCAGCGCGGGCCUGGCCGGUCGGCGUCUUCUAUGCGGCAGGCCAGGCGGCUGUCGAACCCUUGUAUUCAGAGGAGCAGCCCGGCGGCCCCGAGCCCCAGCCCGCGCCCCGCACCUCCACCGCGCAUCCCACCGCCGCUCGCAGCAGCUCUUUGGUCUCAAGCUUUACCCUGGAGAAGCGAGGAUUUUGUGAAUCUCUUACCAAGGUCAAGCCAGGGAGCCUCAAGGUCCAGACUGUCCCUCCAAGAGCACCAGCUUCCCAAGUGAGCGGACGCGCCCCGCCCACCCCUCCCGGCAGGAACGGCCCUCCGGAGGGGCAGCACGGCCCCGUGGACUUGGACUUGGACGACGCGAGCCUGCCUGUCAGUGACGUGUAAGCUGAAUGCUCGGCGGCCGCCAUGCCAGCCCCUCCCUCUCCUGAGGCUUCAGCCAAAGAUGACAGGGCGACAGGUCUCCACAGCCUGUCCCACGGCCUCGGAUGUGCUCCUCCUCAGCUGGUAAACCAGGGGCCUGGGCGUGGCGAGCGCAGUGGCGCCUUUUUAAAGGAAGGACAGAAGCGGAGCCUUGUCUCGGUGCUCCCAUGUGCCGUGCGGUCUCAGUGGGUGAGGAAAACGUGUGUGUGAUGUUCCGCCUAAUGAGCUUGAUCGUUACGUGUUUAUCCAUUUAAAACAUUAAAAAUGCUUAUCAGUUAUUUUGGUCGUUUAAAAAAAUUGCUACUAUGACUUCCUCUUAGACGAUGAAUAUUGACACAUUGUUACUGGUUAAUAUUAUUGAAUGGAAAUUGCCAGACAGAUACCUGAGCCCCGAUGUCUGGUGCUGUGAUCCGUCCCAGGAUGUGGGGGGUCUGACAGGACAGGCUUGGUGCCCUGGGUCUCACAGUGAGCGUGAUUCGCAGAGGGUGUUCCUGGGCUGUGGGCUGUACUGGGUGGAGAAAGGGGCAAAGUAGAUUUUAAAACCUGUCUAUUGGACAUUUGUUAAAAAAAGGUUAAAUAAGGCGGCAGUCGUCAUUGCUGUAUCAGUGGACAUUAUUUGGUGUGAAGUUUCUGGAGAUCCGGUUUUCCCAUGAAAGUUUGUACAAAGUUCUUACUUGUGUGUGGGGUCCGUCAGAGACCCAGGUUCAUAUGCAGAGACACCUCCCUCGCUCUGUGGUUGCCUGUCACUCAGCCUCGAUUCAAGUGCCUGCGCGCCAUCCCGUCACUGCUCAGUCCUGCCUGAUUGGUUUUACACGUCGUGUUGAGUAAGGUGUCAUUUUAUGUUAGAGAUACCGGAUGCUGAUGUGUAACUGCCUGUGCAAUAUUUAUGCUUCAAAACACAAAUGAGAGUCCACAUUGUCUUGGGGAGUCAUAAAUGAAAACAUGAGUAUCAGCACCUCUAAAAAGCCCUGCGUCCGAGGUGCUGAUAACAGACCAGUCGGAGCAAGUGCCGUUCUGCAGUUCAGUCUUAAACAUUUGCUUUCAGAAAAGACUCUUGAAUUCACAUGCUGCUAUUUUGUGAUGUUUCACCAUUUCACAGUACUGUUUUGUUUUGAAUUCAUACCUGUCCUCAUUUUCUAAGAUGAGUUCUUGUCUGAGAAAGAGGUCACUGUCCCCGACACUACUGCUCAGCGUCGCCUUAGCGCCCGGCGCGUGAGGAGCGCACCGCCAGCUUCUUACUCAUAAGCUAACGUCUUCAGUGUUUGUUUAGGGUUUUCCUUCUCCGCAGCUUCAUCUGGAAGUGAUGGGAGGAGAGGUGGGGAGUCUCUCUCACUUCUUAUUCAUUGUGCCGGCUCCUCCGAGGUCCCAAGCAGCCCGGGGGCUCGCGGGGAUGCCCGGGGGCUCGCGGGGACGGCGGGGCUGGGAGCCUCGGACGGGUCUUGGUACCGCUUCUGCAUCGCAUGUUUAUUUCACAUAUUUUGGUAAUUUGAUGUUUUCCACGGUGACAAAAUACUCUCUAUUUUGGGACUUUUAAUGGAACUACCCUUUGACUCAAUAGCAUAGGAAAACAUUCUUGUGAUUUUGGGGUCUUCUGAUAUUUAUCUCAAUACUUUUAUAAUAAUAUGAAAAUUAUUUAAUUAUUUUAAAACAUGCUUUCUUUGUAAACAUGUCACAUCUGAACAGUCAGAAAUUCCUUUGAACACCUUACUGUUUGCAGCAUUUUUCUGUACAUGUAACAUGCCUUCUUUCAGAAUGGGGACACGCGUGUGCCUCCCAGCAUUUACCUGUACACGCGUCUUUAUAAUCCUGUGGUGGGACACUGUAACAACGAGAAUAAACCGCUCAGAACUAA